GCUAUUGCAAACAUUCCACUUCCGUCAAGUGCUAGGGAAGACAUAUUGUUUUGGCCGGGUGAAAAGAGUGGUGAAUAUUCCGUUAGAUCAGCCCAUCAUUUCUUGAGCAAUGAAAAAGUUGUGAACCAGCCGGGACCGUCAUUACUCCCUUGGGAUAAGUUGUGGAAACUCAUUUGGAAACUACCUCUCCCAACAAGGGCCCGAAACUUCAUGUGGAGACUUGCCCGUAACAUCAUCCCAACAAGGUGCAAUUUGAGAAGGAGGGGAGUAGUUCUUGAUACGGUGUGCCCUCUUUGUUUUGACGCAGAUGAGUCGUCCAACCACCUCUUCAUGGCUUGCCCUAUGACGCUGCAGGUAUGGUUUGCCUCCCCUUUGGGUUUCCAACCUCCCCCUCAAACAGACUUAAAUGCUUGGUUACAAAGUUGGCUAUCAGCAAAAGAACCUCUAGCUGUCCAACUUUUCUGUGUGUGCCUUUGGAAAAUCUGGUUUUUUAGAAAUCAAGCUAUUUUCAAUCAAGUUGUUUUUGAGCCUAGGAUGGUUGCUGCAAGUGCUCAUGAUUUUGUCUCGGAGUUUAAUCUAGGAAAUCCGACGCGCUCCGUUGACAGACUGCAGAUCCCUGCACAAGUUUGGAUUACUCCUCCUACUGAUUUUUUGAAAGCCAACAUAGAUGCUGGGCGCGACAAGCACGGGAAGGUCACUUGGGGGCUGGUUAUUCGCAAUCAUGAAAGCGAGGUGCUCUUUGCAGCGACUCAAAGUCCUGAUAUCAUGGCUGAUCCACUUUUGGCAGAGACUCUUGGUCUAAGAUGGGGUAUCCAAACUGUCCUAGAAUUACAACUUAGUAAUGUUAUGUUUGAAUUGGAUGCUUCUGUUGUAGUUAAGUGUUUCAAUGGGCUGUCAACAAUAGCUAGUAUUAGUCCCUUUAUUAGUGACUGUCAUGACUUGUUUGGUAGUUUAGUUGGUAGUUCUGUUAGCUUUGUUAAUCGCUCUUGUAAUGUAGCUGCUCAUGAGCUUGCUCAGGCUGCAAAAUCAAUAGGAUCACGUACUUGGGUGGGGAAUGCCCCUCUUAAAGUCUGGUCUUUGUUCUCUCUUGAUUUGUUUCUUUAAUGAAAGAGUGGAUUGUCAAA